AUGCAAGAACCUCCGACGGCCCCAGCAGCAAUGGCGGUAGGAAACAAGAAACGACCACGAAUAGACCUCAAUGUUGAUCGUGAACGAAAACGCGGUAAAAGCAUGUUUGGUCUUGUACUCGGUACAUUGAACAAGGCCAAGAUUGAAGAUAAGGAGAGAAAUGCCAGCGAUGCGGCCAAAAAACGGCAAUUGAUAGAACAAAGAUUACAAUCUAAAUUACGAAAAGAAACUGAUUCUGUCAGACGCGCAGAAGAAGCUAAAAAGGACAAGACCUCGGCUAACAGGAAGGAAGAGGACCUGCAGCUCAAGGACUCCAUUCACAAGCAACGCCGAACGCGACUUCCUCUACUGUCUAACUUUUUGCUUACAUCCGAUAUUAUACCAACUGAUGACCUCUUGUCUUCUCCGUCUUCCACCAAUCUUCUCUCCCCACCACCUCGCUCCCAUCCUCCGCCUCUAUACUACAUCCCAGCCAUGCUUACUCCUGCUCAAGAAGCUUUCCUAGCCCGGCGUAAAGCAGAGGUUAAAGAAGCAACAGAGAAAGAAUGGGAAUCUUUCAAAGAAGAGCGUACCACAGGUAUCACUGAAAUAAGCCAGUUGCGGCAGCGCGUCGCCGAGGAAGAAGCUCGUAGGAAAAGCGAAAAAGAUAGCGGGAAGCAAGAAGAGCCUGACAAAGACGCCAUGGCCGAUGAUAAAUCUACCGAAGAGAAAAGCACUAUUGAUGCAGCCAUGGAGGUCGACGAUGGAUCAGACGUGGUAUCAAAAGAGACAAAAGAGACUGUCGAGCCAGAGCGGAAAGAUGACAUCGCGCCAACCCAGGCUGAUGAUGAGGAUGCAGUGGAGUACUAG